UGUCCCUUGCGCCACCACCGGGAUUUCGUCGUCGUGAUGUUCAAUACCUCUGGCUUUGAUCCCACUUACAAUCCGAGAGAAUAUGUGUCGGAAGUUAUCGAUGGCACAGCACUGCAUUUCUACGACCUUACGGGUCCCACGAUCAUGUCAAACAAGUCUUGCGGGGAGGAACUUCUUGACUUCGGCACAGCGGAAAAAAUUCUGAUUGGGGCGAUGCUUGCUGUUAUUACAGCGGUCACUGUGAUGGGGAACACUUUGGUGGUGAUAGCUGUCUGCGUUGUAAAGAAACUCAGGAAACCCUCAAACUACCUGCUGGUAUCCCUGGCCGUCGCAGACCUCUCAGUAGCUCUAGUAGUGAUGCCAUUUGUAAUAGUGACGGACCUAACUGGGGGCAAGUGGCUCUUUGGGGAGGUGUUCUGCAACGUCUUCAUUGGCAUGGAUGUAAUGUGCUGCACUGCCUCUAUAAUGACCCUGUGUGUGAUCAGCGUGGAUAGAUACCUGGGUAUCACGCGACCCCUGACCUACCCAGCGCGACAGAAUGGGCAGCUGAUGGCCAAAAUGAUUCUGGGCGUGUGGUUGGCGUCCGCCUCCAUCACCCUGCCCCCUUUCUGCGGCUGGGCCAAGAAUGUCAACACGGCUGGGCUGUGCCUGAUCAGCCAGGACUUCGGCUACACCAUCUACUCCACCGCCGUAGCCUUCUACAUCCCCAUGGCUGUCAUGCUCAUCAUGUACUACAAGAUCUUUCGGGCUGCCCGCAAGAGCGGCGCCAAACACCGCUUCAGCGACUUCCCGCGGCGGGAGCGGCUGGAGACGGUGGCCAGCGAGACGCUGAAGAUGCAGGGCCUGAAGCCCCCGGGCAUGGCGGAGGAGUGCGCCGCCCUGUCCCGGCUGCUGAGCCACGAGCGCCGCAACAUCUCCAUCUUCAAGCGGGAGCAGAAGGCGGCCACCACGUUAGGGGUGAUCGUGGGAGUUUUCUCCAUCUGCUGGUUCCCCUUCUUCAUCCUCUCAACCGCCCGGCCCUUCAUCUGCGGGGUGGAGUGCAGCUGUGUGCCCAUUUGGCUGGAGCGCACUUUACUGUGGCUGGGAUAUGCCAACUCCCUCAUGAACCCCUUCAUCUAUGCCUUCUUCAACCGUGACCUGCGCUCCACGUACAAGGACCUGCUGCGUUGCCGCUACCGCAACAUCAACCGCCGGCUGUCUGCCGUGGGCGUGCACGAGGCCCUCAAAAUGUGAGAGCACUAUAUAAGGAAAUUGGGGGAAGGUUUGGAAGGAAUACCUCCAAAGGCUCCUGGAAGUAUUGUCCCAGGAUGAUAGAUGUGGGAAUUUCCAGAGUGAACUGCACCUGGCCUCUCUGAUGUCAAGCACUGAGUGGAGUAACAGAACUUAUUUUCCCUCCUACUGUUCUUUUCAUCUUCUCUUGAGAAAGCUAUGAGGGAUUGUAAGAGACUUGCUUAGACAUGCUGUUUUCAGCCAAUGUAAUUAGUGGCCAAUAUCCGUGGGUUGUCUUCCCUGCAUUUGCAGGUAUGUCACCUUGGGUGCCAUUAUGUUCAUGAGGUUGGAGUACCAAGGAGGACUCUAAUAGGCAAAUACUGAUUGGAGGCUUUUGUAAGUAUUACCUGUUAAAGUCUUUGCAAACAAGGGAUGAACUGAUAUUGCGCAGUCUCCCAGGAGGAAUAGUCUGAUAAACUGUCUAGAUAGUAUGUGUAAUGACAGAGGACAGUUGUUAUAUGGACAAAUUAAAACCUGAGCUGCAAUCAAAAAUUUGGGGAGGCAUCCAACUCAUUUUACUCUGUCAACCUCCACAUAUUGGACCUGGUCUGUGAUGUGCUUUGUCAGGUAGAACCAUAUGCUGUUCACCGUCACAUCAAUUUCAGAGGAUAAAGGAAUAAUCAGACAGGUCAAGGAACAUAGUGGCAAGUGACAAUGUUUGACGAAUUGUUCAGUAUCAUAUCAUGUCCGUAGACAAAACAUCCACUUUAUCAGCCAGUUACGGGACAUCUUGCAUAUCGUUCAGUGGGGUCUGCAUGAAACCCACAUUUCGUAAGACACUAUCAAAGGGAAAUAGAAAAUGUUUGUGAAGUGAAGUUGAGUUUGUUUUGCACAAAUUGACAUGGUUUUAUGCUCCACUUGCUUUAUACAGUGCAUUGUUCCACUGAGCAAAUACAAAUAGAUUUUUGAAGUCUCAACAAAGCAGAAAUUCUACAGUGAAUUUUCUUCUGUAAUGUCUUUGAAGCGACUAGAAUUUUAAUGUCAGGCUAUUUUAGAUCCUCGUUUCAUUCAUUUCAGUAGGAUCAUAAUGACUGCUGUCGAAACAGUCCACAACCAUAACCUGAUAGGCAGACACUUUUAUUGAUGCUAUAAGGUUGGGAGGCAGGAAGUUAUGAGUACAACAAUAAAAUCAAUUGCGUUUGACAGUUGAAACAAUUGUUGACACAGGAACUUAUCAGAGUGUAACAGAAGAACCUGUCAGUGCUGGCAGAGUUUUAACUCUUUGUAUCUUUUGUGUAACUUCGGCUCCUGGCUUUGCCCUGACAAGCUGGACCUGCAUCCUGUUUCUGCGUGAUAGUUCUGACACACCCAUAUUGCAGUUUGUUGUCAUCUUUUUACUCAAAAACAGCUGAGCAAUGUGUGCUUUUUUCUACCUCGAUUUUUAGAAAUAUACCAUUGGCAUAAAAAUCUA